AUAAGACCUCACAACCAACCUUCGAUAAAAACAGAAAAUUAGGGUUUUCAGUUCCGAGUCUCCACAGGGGGGUGGUGGGGUUGGAUUUAUCGUCGAUUCUGAGCCGUUAGAUCAGAUUGAGAGAUUACGAUGACAGGCAAGGCGAAGCCGAAGAAGCACACGGCGAAGGAGAUUGCCUCGAAGGUCGACGCGGCGACCACGAACCGAGGAGGUGGAAAAGCCGGUCUUGCCGACCGAUCGGGUCACGAGAAGGGUGGACACGCGAAGUAUGAGUGCCCGCACUGCAAGGUCACCGCGCCGGACUUGAAAUCAAUGCAGAUUCACCACGAUGCUCGCCAUCCCAAGAUCCCUUUUGAGGAAGAAAAGCUCGUCAACCUCCAUUCCACCCAUGUGGCUGAAUCUUCUAAGCCCCGCCCUGGUGUUCGUGGAAGCUUCAAGAAGUGAUUUUUUUUUCUUCUUGUUCUUUUUUUUUUUUUUUUGGGUUCUUGAUCUCUAGGCCCAUAUGGUUUUGGGCUUUUUUUUUUUUUUUUUUUGUUUAUUUUGGGGUAUUGGGGUUAUGUAUUGUUGUUCUAUGAUAAAUGGGUAAAGGGGGUUUUGGAUGGAAUCUAAUCUAAUCUGCCCUCUGCCCCCUUUUGGAAUUUACGGGAUGUAUAUUAGUGAUAAUGUUCUAUUAUGAUAUGAUUGUGAUGGUGAUGAUGAUGAUAUUAGAGCUGCUUAUCUUCUGAUUCUGGA